ACACACUCUCUCUAUCUCUCUCCUCUCGCAGUUCCAAAAUCGUCCUCAGCAAUCCGACGAUCUCCCCGAUGUUCUCUUCCUCACCCGUCGCUUAGUUCUACUCUCUCUCUCUCUCUCUCUCUCUAGCCCUUGGGAGAAUAAUGGCUUCCCUGACCCGGCCGCCGGCGUCGCUCCCCGGGGCCGCGGCCUCCGAUCUCUUCGGAAGCCCCGGCGGCGGCGGCGGCGGCGCCCGCGGCCUCUCGCUGAGGGCCCUGGGGAGGGCGCGGCUGGGCGGCGGCGGCGGCGGGACGACGACGAGGAGGGGCGGGGGCGGCGGCGCCGCGGGGGCGGUGGUGGCGAAGCUCAGGAAGGUGAAGAAGCACGAGUAUCCCUGGCCCGACGAUCCGGAUCCGAACGUGAAGGGCGGGGUGCUCAGCCACCUCUCGCCCUUCAAGCCGCUCAAGGAGAAGCCGAAGCCCGUCACGCUGGAGUUCGAGAAGCCGCUCCUGGCGCUGGAGAAGAAGAUCAUGGAUGUGAGGAAAAUGGCAAAUGAAACUGGCUUGGACUUCAGCGAUCAGAUUGCUUUAUUAGAGAGCAAAUAUCAACAGGCUUUGAAGGAUUUGUAUACUCAUCUGACUCCUAUCCAGCGUGUGAAUAUUGCCCGACAUCCCAAUCGGCCAACCUUUCUUGACCAUGUAUUUAGCAUUACUGACAAGUUUGUGGAGCUUCAUGGAGAUAGAGCUGGAUAUGAUGAUCCUGCCAUUGUUACUGGUAUAGGAACCAUUGAUGGGGAGAGGUACAUGUUCAUGGGCCACCAGAAGGGGAGAAACACAAAAGAAAAUAUUCAGCGCAAUUUUGGAAUGCCAACUCCUCAUGGUUACAGGAAGGCUCUACGCAUGAUGUAUUAUGCUGAUCACCAUGGAUUCCCCAUCAUUACUUUCAUUGAUACACCUGGGGCCUAUGCAGAUCUUAAAUCUGAGGAACUUGGCCAAGGUGAAGCCAUUGCUCACAAUCUCAGGACUAUGUUUGGUCUGAAAGUACCUAUUGUUUCUAUUGUUAUUGGAGAAGGUGGCUCUGGUGGUGCUCUUGCCAUUGGCUGUGCAAAUAAAUUGUUAAUGCUUGAAAAUGCAGUUUUCUAUGUUGCCAGUCCUGAAGCUUGUGCUGCAAUCUUGUGGAAGACUGCCAAAGCUUCUCCGAAGGCUGCUGAGAAGCUGAAGAUUACAGCUACGGAGUUAUGCAAAUUACAAGUUGCUGAUGGGAUCAUUCCAGAGCCUCUUGGAGGUGCCCAUGCAGAUCCAUCUUGGACCUCGCAACAGAUUAAAAUUGCAGUGGUUGAAGCUAUGAAUGAGCUCAAGAAGAUGGACACACAAGAGCUCCUAAAGCAUCGCAUGCUUAAGUUCCGAAAAAUUGGUGGAUUUCAAGAAGGAAUUCCGGUGGAUCCCAAGAGGAAGGUGAACAUGAAGAUGAAAGAAGAACCUUUAUUAGGAAAGAUUUCUGAUGCUGAACUGGAGAGUGAAGUGGAAAAGCUGAAACAGAAGAUUGUAAAAGCUAAGGAAUCAUCGGCUGAAGCUUCUGAUAGUGGUCUGGAUGAAUUGAUGGAAAAACUCAAAAAGGAAGUGGAUCAUGAGUACUCCGAGGCAAUUAAGGCCUUGGGCUUGGAUGAAAGAAUGUCAACAUUGCGAGAAGAAUUGGUGAAAGCUAAGCAACAGGAGCAACCCCUGCAUCCUAUUUUAAUGGAUAAGAUUGAUAAGCUAAAGAAAGAGUUCAAUGAAGGUUUGCCAGGAGCUCCCAAUUAUGAGAGCCUCAAGAGUAAGCUUGACAUGUUGAAUGAGUUAUCUAAGGUGAAGAAUGCUGAAAAGGUUGCUUCACAGAAGGAAGAAAUCAAUAGGAAACUGAAAGAGGUAUUAGAACGUCCUGAUUUGAAGGAGAAGGUUGAAGCUCUGAAUGCUGAAAUUGAAGACUCCGAGGCAACUUCUCCUGAGGAUGUAGAUGAAGGCCUGAUGUUGAAAAUUAUCAAUUUGAAGAAAGAGAUAGACAUGGAAAUGGCCAACGUCCUUGAAUCUUUUGGACUGCAUGUUGAGGCCAUUAAACCUACCAGCAGAGAUAUUAGUCCACAAACUUCAGUCUCAGAAUUUAGUGCUAAGUUGGGUAAUCUAAAUAAAGAAAUAAACAACAAAAUCGAAGAAGUUGUCCACUCAACAGACCUGAAAAAUUUGAUGGAGAUGCUGAAGAUGGAGAUCGUGAAUGCAGGAAAGGCGCCUGAUUCGUCGUCGAAAAGUAAGAUCGAUGCUCUACAGCAGCAAAUUAAGCAGAGGCUUUUUGAGGCAAUAAAUUCUACAGAACUGAGAAAGAAACAUGAAGAGCUGACAGCUGAGAUUUCUGAGGUUUUGGAAUCUUCUGGAGUAUCUAAUGGAAGUUUGAAAAAUUCUAGCGGUGAAGAAAGUCCCAAGCCUGAGGAAUCAAGAAUAGGGGCCAAUGUGGGAGGAAAUGGCAACUAGUUAGGGUGAGUUUAAGUUUCUCCGGUCUCAAUUUACUUCUUCCCUUUCAAAAAUUGUUUAUUCAUUUUUUACCUGCGGUGCUGCAUUUUUAUCUUUUAAAUAGAAUAAUUGUGUAAUUAUUCUGAUUUUUUUUUUUGCAAAUGGAAAUAAAAAUAAUUUGGCAUGGCUUGAAGUCAUAAACUGCUACCGUUUCAGUAUCUUAUUGUGUCGUAGCAACAACCAGUUGCAAAGUUCGAUAGUGGAAGGGCUUUGCUAUUUCUAUUCACUGUUCGAACUCCUUGAUGACAGCGGAUAGCUUCCCUGUUCUCUAGUUGUCAUUGCAAUAAUGUUUCUGUGCAGCAUUGUCUCCUUCCUCCGGAUGCAACUGGGAAAGUGAGAAAGGAACGGACACCCGUUUUCACCCGGGCAGUAACGCAGCACUUAUUUCCAGGUUGAAAUGCGUUCAAAUUUUCACUCCCUUAUUAAGCAUUUGAUGCAUCUCAGUCCUGCCACUGCACUUACACACGCACAAGUACCAGGGACAGAUUGGGCUUUCUUAUUUUAUCUGCUCAAAUACUUCCCCUUUUUAUGUUGAGAGUAUUUUCGGUUUAUCGGCAAAGAGUCCAUUCACCUUCUACCUGAAAUCGAGCAAUCGAGAACUUAAUUUUCCUUUCCAUGAGAUGACAGAUAGAGAACAUUUGUAUAUGUUGUGCUGAGUGAUGGUGAUAACUUAAAAACACUGCGCUCGAUUCAAUAAAAUUCUUGUGAGUUGCCUUAUA